AUGAAUCGAAGUGCAUCAGCCUAUACUGGAGGUCGCAGGCCAUUUGGCUACAGAGGGAGAGGAUCGCCGGCACGGCGAGGAAAUCUCCAAAUGGGAACGAAUAGAGGAGGACUUCAGAACGGACGUGGAAUUUUCACGAAGCGUUCUGUCGAGCAAGUUGUAAAUAGAACUAUGAGCAAUGUUGUAUCCGAAUUCGAUAGAUUAGUGGGCCGUAAGAGGACUGAGAUUCAAACCGCGGGUGUUGAGGAGCCCGAUGGUGAACAUCUAUCAAAUAUACUUAUAACUUUGCUAUUGUCUGUUUCUGCAGUCACUCUCUUGAUAAUCAUGAAGCUUGUACCACCAUCUAUAUGUGUUUGUCAUGCGUUGUUUUUUGGAGCUUCUAUUAUCUCAUUACUUAUAAGCGCAGAGGGGAGUUCUUUGUCGAUCGUGACCCUGAAGUCUUUCAAAAUAAUGUUCUAUUUGCAAGAGGGAAAACUGUUCCUAAGGUACGACGACAUCUUAGUCAAAAUGUUGCAGCAGGAGGCUGAGUAUUUCGGUCUCAAAAGUUUGGCGCGCAGACUGCGCAACCUGGAGGCGCAACCUGGAGAUGAGUUGUGCAUGAUUGCAGCGAAUGAAAGGACUGCAUCGUUUUAG